AUGAUGCGCUUCCUUCCCGUCAAUUUGACGACAAUCCUCGUGGAGCUCCCAGGUCUCCAGGAGACUCAGGCGCUUCAUGCCUCGCUUCAGUCCUGCCCAGUGGAUGGUGUUGAGGAGAUGAUUCCUGCUGCCCGCACCCUGCUCGUGCACUUUGAUCCUGAAAGCUUAAGCGUGGAGGCCUUAGCAACCGAACUUCAGCAGCGAGACCUUUCCCUCAUCAGCCCCCGAUCGGACUGUCAGAUAGAAAUCCCCGUCUGUUAUGACGGCGUGGAUCUGGACAACAUUGCAAAACUGACCGGCUUCAGCGUGGAAGAGGUCAUUCGUCGCCACAAGGAGAGCGAGUUCACAGUGGCAUUUUGCGGUUUUGCGCCCGGCUUCAGCUAUCUCAAUGGCGGCGAUCCUGCCCUGUUCGUGCCGCGCCAUCAGACUCCACGGACCCGCAUCCCAGCUGGCUCCGUCGCCAUGGCGGGGCCCUUUAGCGGCAUCUAUCCACAGAGCAGCCCAGGUGGGUGGCAGCUCAUUGGCACGACCUCGGCCAAAAUGUGGGACACAAAUCGGACCCCAAGCUCGCUUCUUCAGCCGGGCUAUCGGGUCAAAUUUGUGCAAGUGGAUGAUCUUGAAACCGCUGGAGUUAAUACUACACCUUCUUCAAUUGAAAGUGAUACUGCUCCUGCUUCUGGAUCUAUCAAUAGCCAGGAAAAGGCAGCGCCGAGCCAGACGUUCUGUCACGCCAGCCCACAUUUCAAAGUUUUGACGGCGCCAAUCCCGGCUCUUUUUCAAGACCUCGGCCGUCGCGGUCAAGCGAAUCAAGGUGUUUCUGGCUCCGGUGUAUUAGAUCGAUCGGCGUUCCGAGCUGCAAAUUGCAUAGUGGGGAACCCAGCUGGCACUGGAUGCCUGGAACUUACGCUAGGUGGCUUUUCAUUUGAGAGCUCCGGUCAGGCGGUGAUCGGCUGCGCUGGGGCACCCUGUCCCAUCACGAUUGAGGAUGCAAAAGGCCGGACCACAGAGAUAAUACAGAAUCAUCGGCCGAUUUCUCUGGAGUCGGGGGAUGUCGUGACAUUCGGGCAUCCACGCACAGGGAUGCGAAGCUACCUGGCCGUCCGCGGUGGCUUUGAGAUCACUCCAGUCUUGGCCAGCGUCAGCACCGACACAUUGGCUGCUGUGGGGCCCAGUCCAGUCACCGCUGGAUCUGUAUUAGCCUUGAGGAACGCACGGAAGGGACUCACAAGUGUUUCGAUCCACGAAGCCCCAGCAUUUACUCUACCCUCUGCAGUUGACGUGGUGACUCUAGAUGUCGUGCUUGGCCCUCGCACAGAUUGGUUUACACAACAAGGCCUGGACACGUUCACUGAACAGCGCUGGAAAGUGACUGCAGAUUCAAGCCGAACUGGGAUUCGCUUGUCGGGAGAUGUUUCGAUAGAGCGCAAAGAUGACCAGGCAGAACUACCCAGUGAGGGUACGGUCAACGGAGCUAUUCAGGUGACCCACAAUGGUCAACCUGUACUAUUUCUUGCCGAUCACCCACUAACAGGUGGAUAUCCGGUCAUUGGGGCUGUUGCUGAAUACCAUUUGGAUCUCACUGGCCAGCUACCGGUGAACACAAUGGUGCGGUUUCGUGCUAUUGGGCCCUGGUCAGAGAUUCAGCCGCAAAGCGAUCUGACCCAUAUUGCAUAA